ACACCCGGACCCUCACGUCACCUCGCCGUCGCGGUUUAUCUUAUCGAGAGAAUCCUUUGCUCGCGCACCUUUUUUUUGAUAUAAAUUUUUCACCUUCGCAGUCGGCGAGUACCCGGAGGUCAGUGCGAAACCCGGGCUCCCGCGACGCGGCGCCGUCGUUCUUUAGCCGGGGGUCCUGUCAGUGCCUGGUGGGCAGAAACUUGACACCAUGAGGGCCGCCAUCGCCUUCCUCGCUGCGCUGUGCCUCCACCGCGGCUCAGUUUCAGGUGGUUCAUCUUGUCUGGCAACAACCCAAAAUAAGUUGUUCGACACUAGAAUCGUCGGUGGAGUGCUGGCGGAACUUGGCGAGUUCCCGUGGCAGGCGUCGAUCCGCGCGUCCCAGACGCACCUGUGCGGCGGCGCCAUCAUCGGCGAGCAGUGGAUCUUGUCGGCGGCGCACUGCUUCAUCCUCAAGACUGCCGCCGACCUGUCGGUUGUUGUCGGCACAAUCUACUUGAACAACCUUGGUUCAUACAUCCAGACAACACAAGUAUCUAAAUUAGUGGUGAAUAGUAAAUUUAAUUGGAAGGUGAGUUCUUACCACAACGACAUAGCCUUGCUGCAGCUGAAAACUAAACUGGUAUUCAGCACGUACGUGAACAAAAUCAGCUUACCACAAAGUAAUUACACAGCGAGUGGUAACGGCGUGGUGAGCGGCUGGGGCGCCACCACGGAGGCAGGCAACCUCUCCUCGGUGCUGUACUGGGUGGAGGUGCCCAUCAUGACGCGCGCCAUCUGCGUCGACUACUACGGCGACGAGGUGCAGGACGGCAUGAUGUGCGCCGGAUACGACAGCGGCGGCAAGGACUCCUGCCAGGGCGACUCGGGCGGGCCGCUGGUGUGCGACAAGAAGACCGUGCUCUGCGGCAUCGUGUCGGCGGGAGACGGCUGCGCCAGGCCGGAGCAGCCGGGCAUCUACUCCGACGUCGCCUACUUCGUAGACUGGAUCACGAGCACCGUCGGAUGACGCGCCGCGGCGCCGAGCAUCCGACGAGAACUGCCGUUUCGAAGCUCCGAACUCAACAACACGCAGGCCAUUUUUAUUUCAGCUCCGGAAUGACUACACCGUCACUCUCAGACCGUUAGGGAUAUGUCGUGACAAAGUAGAUGCACUGGAAACCAAUAGUAGGUUUAAAACAAAACCUCACUUCGUUGAAUUGAUGUCUUGGUUCAUCAAUUAGAAUUAAUGGAUGAAUUAUAGCAGCAAUGUUAAUAAGAAAUCUUUACCAAAAUAGUAAGUGUCACAGGGGAUGGAAUGUAAUUUGAUUAUGCUUACCGCCCAAUCUUGCUCUAUUUAGUUACUUUGCAAAAAUGGUCAAGUAGUUAUUUCUAAUAAAUGUUUGUUAUUUAUAUAUAUAGAGCUUUGUUAUGCACAUAAAAAAUGUAUAUAAAUAAAGAUGAGUUUCUGUUUGUUUUUUUAAUAAAAAAAAAGAGUACAGUUUUUCUCCGAGUUUGAUGACAUUUUUUUCACACUUGACUUCCGAAAUAAAAGGGAAGCCACUGUCUACAUAAACCUCAACCUUAAAGACCUGUUACAAUGGAUGCUGGUGCUUAUAAACUUCCGAAAACUAUGUAAACCUUUGAUAACAUCACAUAUCUAGAUACUGUAAAUAAAGUAAAUAUUUGUUAUGAA